CAGUGACUUCACUGACUUGUAAAAGUUUUGCUAUUGUAGAGACACACAAAAAUUCGAGAGAUCUCUUUGAAUUGAAGCCAAGUAAAGCUCUGAUAAUCGCAACAAUGGCAGUAGAUGAAGCUGCAGCAAUUUUUGCUGCAAUCUCAAUAAUGCUGUUAUCAAUGGCGUCAAUUUCCGACGCAUAUAGACCUGGCGACAUCGUUCCUUUGAAUAGGAUGGGUCAAUACCACUCCUCUAGAACUGUUUGGCAUGAUAUAGUUGGUCGUCAUUGCCCUAUUUUUGGCGUCAAUCGAGAGGUUUUGAUGCCUGUUCCGAAACCAACUGGAUACACCGGUGCUGAUCCUUACAAAUUAGCGUUCCAAGUUGGAAGAGAGAAAUUUCUGCUUCCUUGGCUUUACGUCGUCAAUCGGAAGAGUUCAGAGGUUCCAAUGAUUCUCAUGCAUUUGAGGUACUCAGGAGGUGAUUUGCUUGGUAUCACUGCAAAAGUUGUUGAUAUGCCUCACCACUAUGUUGAAAUUCAUCCAGACAUACGUAAACAAUUCUGGGAUCCCCAACAUUGGCCAAAACAUGUGCUUGUGAGAUAUACUUGGGAGGAGGUCUCUGAGAUAGAUGUCAGUUCGGGAUUCUUUGUCCUCUUUGGAUCAGGUCUUCUGCUAUCCGUCAUUUUGUCCAUCUAUAUUCUGCAAUCUUCUAAAGAGAAGAUAGCAAGGUUUGUGAGAGAAUCUGUUGCAGAGAAUAAUAUGGCAGGCGGAGUGGGGAAGGUCGAAUAAUGCAACUUCUUAGCUGUCUUAUGGCCUGGCAUUUUCAUGGUAAUGCAUGCUCGCUCGCUCAAACAACUGCAUCACUUCAUACAGGGUUUUCUACGUAUAGGAACUGACAUAGAUUUUGUAUACCUAACUUCAGAUGAGACCCCACCCCCCACCCCUCCCUCCAAAGAAGAAGAGAGAGGGAGCCUUGUCGUGGUCCUGGUAGUGCUGCAGUUAAGUACUUAACGAACUUGUCAGCCUCUGUUAGGAACUUUCAGAAAUUUGAGUUCAGCCUCUGUCGGUUGUUUUCAGAAAUUGGAGAAAGUGUAUUAUAAUAUGGUAAUCAGUGGCAUUAUAUGUAUUUUCUGAUAUUGAUAAUUAUUCUGGAAAUCUAACAUUCCAUCUAUCCCUUAA